AUGGACAACCCCUUCGCUUACACCCUUCCCGAACGAACAUCCUUUCAGCAACCUUUACGCACACAUGCUUCAGAGAUAGACAUCUCGAGCAGACGCGCUACCUACGAGCAUGUUGCUCCGAUGCAGCGGCGACGUCCUAAAUAUACUCGCAGCAAGACAGGCUGUCUCACCUGCAGAAAGAAGAAAGUCAAAUGCGACGAGGCUAAACCCGACUGCGAGCGCUGUGCCAGUAGCGGCAGGACCUGCACUUGGCCUGAGCCCGCAGUACCUCGGCGAUUGCCGUUGGUUGGCGAUGAGGCUGUUUAUAACUGGAAUGCAGAAGAAGGACGGCCCUAUACCGCGAGCUCCAGCGCAGGUCUCUCCGACGCGUCGUCCACUCCGUCUAGUCUGCCGGAAUCGCCCCACCAUGCGGUCAUCACUGGUGGGUACGAGGAUAAUAGGCUAGCCCCAGGUCCAUAUCUUUCGAGGCGCCACAGUGCGCCGAGCCUCAAAUCUUCUGAGAAGCCUCUACACCCGUCGCCCAUGCGUCAAAUCCCUGUACAUCACCCCCACGUUGCAACCUCGGUGCAAAGUAUGCCCGUCACUCACGCCCCGCGUCAAUCUUGGAACGGCCCAUCGAACCACUACGGAGCGCCCGUGCCACCGCAAAUGGCAUCUUCGUCUUACCCUCCCACCUCACAACCACCGACGGCAGCCCCCGCACCCACUGGCCUGAGCCCUAUUCCUGAACUUUCGUCUCUUCCCUAUUCGCACUUUGCCUACGCGCACAGCGAUGACGCCAUUGCCGCAUAUUCUACGGAUGUCUACCCCGCUGUGCGACACACUGUUCCGUCAAUGCCCCAUGCCGACGUGGUCCCAACUCACGCUCUCUCCGGUCUGAUCGCGGUGAAGCAAGAGUUCGCGAAACCCUUGGAGUUAUCGUCAUCCCCGCAUCACUCGCGGGUUUCUUACCCUGACACUUCGGCCUUGUCGUGGGACCAGUACAAUCCACACGAGAACACCGCUGCUCCCGCUUACCCAGAUCCUUCGACAUACUCGCACGAGUACUACGCGGACGAGAAUCCAUCUCCAGAGCCAGUUUGGCCUAUGGACUCCAGCUAUGCACACUACUACACACGGCCGUACGCUGAGCUCCACGAGACGUAUCAGUCAACCCCGGACAACAGCGCCCACGGCCAUGCGCCCGUCAUCCACCAGCCACAACCCAUGCAGCCCGCAGUUAUUCCCUAUCAUCAGUGA